AUGGGGAUGAUUGGGUUCGCUUUUCUUGACAUAAUGUUUGUCUGUCUAUAUCUAUCUGUCCCAAUAUGUGCUUAUCUCUCUCUCUCUCUCUCUCUCUCUCUCUCUCUCUCUCUAUCUAAUUCUGUUAAUAUCUAUCUUACUCUGUUCAUCUCUGUCUCUGUCUAUCUGUUUGUCUGUCUGUCUCUAUCUAUCUAUCUGUCCCAGUAUGUGCUUAUAUCUAUCUAUCUAUCUAUCUAUCUAUCUAUCUAUCUAUCUAUCUAUCUAUCUAUCUAUCUAAUUCUGUUAAUAUCUAUCUUACUCUGUUCAUCUCUCUCUAACUCUGUCUGUCUGUCUCUCUCCCUCCCCCCUCUUUCUCUCUCUCUCUCUCUAUCUCUCUCUCUCUCUCACUCUCUCUCUCUCUCUCUAUAUAUAUAUAUAUAUAUAUAUAUUAGGUACCUCCAAAGAUUCGAAUCUCAUUCUGUGCUCAUCUAUCUAUCUAUCUAUCUAUCUAUCUAUCUAUCUAUCUAUCUUAUUCUGUUCAUAUCUAUCUAUCUAUUUAUCUAUCUAUCUAUCUAUCUAUCUAUCUCAUUCUGUGCUCAUCUACCUAUUUAA